AUGUCUAUUCUUGGAUCUGUUCUUGGAUGUUUAAUUACUGUAAUUAAUAGAUAUUGUGCUUUAUGCCAUAUAGUAUUUUUUAAACAAAUGUGGACAAAAAGUUUAUGUUUUAAACUUAUAUUUUUACAAAUAUUAUUACCAAUAUUAUUAUUUUCAUUUAAUCUUUUUUAUGAUGUCAAUGUUAUAUAUGUUUCAUAUUUUAACUUUUAUACAUUUACUAUUAUGAAUAAUAUAGCAAGUGUAAUGAAUAAUGUUAUUUUAUCAACAAUUACUUUUAUUGCUACUGUUAUAACAAUUGUACUUAAUAUUAUUAUUCUUAGAAAAUAUUCAGAAAUAAUGAUCAAUACAAACGCAAAAGAACGUUCUAAAAGAUUUUUAAUGUUAAUAUAUAUGGGUGUAACAACAUUAUGUUUAUUAGCAUUGUCAAUUGAACAAUUUGUUAGAUUAUAUUUUGGUAUUGUAGAUGAUAAGAUUGGUAUAUAUUAUCUAACAUUUGUUCUUUAUUGGAUAAUACCAAUAUUUACCAUUGUUCAACCGGUUAUAACAUUAAUAAUGUCAAAACAACUAAGGAAAUAUUUUUUAUGUUUUUAUUUUAAUCCAUUUUUACCACAAAAAUAUAAGCUAAAAAAAAGUUUUACCACAAAGACAACUGUAUCGGCAAUUAAGAAAACAACAAUUCAUAUUUAA